AUGAUAAGUGAGCAAGCUCUAUUUGCUCUUUGUAUGCAAUUUGUGCAUGGGAGAGAGUAUUAUCAAGGGUCGUUCUAUGUUGAAGAUGUUUUUCUCCCUUAUCAAAUUCGUGAUAUUCUACCGCACAGGUUUCCAUUUCUUCUAGUGGAUAGAGUGAUUGAAUACAAUCCUGGAGUUUCUGCAGUGGCUAUUAAGAAUGUAACAAUAAAUGAUAACUUCUUUCCUGGACAUUUUCCAGAAAGACCUAUCAUGCCUGGUGUGCUCAUGGUUGAGGCACUGGCACAGGUAGGUGGCUUAGUUAUGUUACAACCUGAAGUGGGAGGUCCUCGCGAGAAUUUCUUCUUUGCCGGUAUAGACAAAGUACGGUUUAGGAAGCCUGUGAUUGCUGGAGACACCUUAGUUAUGAGAAUGACACUUAUCAAACUGCAAAAGCGAUUUGGAAUAGCAAAGAUGGAAGGGAAGGCAUAUGUUGGAGGUGAAGUUGUAUGUGAGGGUGACUUUUUGAUGGCCACAGGAUCUUCUAGCGAAUAA